AAUAGUUGAACCUUAUUGUAAUUGGUUGUGUCUUACUUCGGGAAUGUUUGGACUAGUCCGCAGAGUUCAGUAUUGGAGUAUAUUGUUUUUCUCUAAAACACAUUAAAAAAUUGUUUGUUUUGCAAAAUAUUUUGGGAGAGCACCCACCGACACGUACGAGGAAGAGAGACUUGUUAUUCUUUUAAUCUGUGUUUUUGUCUGUGAACGGGAUUGCGCAGCAUUAAAAUGUCUUGGUCGUUUUUAAGGGGAUCAGCAUGGAAGUAUCUUCAGCCAGGCUAUCACAGAAGAGGAGGAAAUGCUUUCCAGUCACCUUCUGCUGAUUUCAUUUUCAACUUUGACCUGGAUGAAACUCUGCCCACUGAUGAGUCCACCGACUCUGAUGAAGAUGCAGAUUUCAUUCUGUUUGGGAGUCUGAGAGGAAAUGUGGUCGGAUUGCGGUAUUACACUGGAGUGGUAAACAACAAUGAAAUGGUGUCACUUAAGAGGGAGCCCAACAACCCUUAUGAUCGAAAUGCAGUUCGAGUGAAUAAUGUAAAUGGAGACCAGGUAGGACAUAUUAAACGUGAACUGGCUGUACCGUUGGCCUACAUUAUGGAUAACAAGCUGGCAAAAGUGGAAGGGGUGGUCCCUUAUGGAAGUAAAAACUACUUUAACAUGCCUGUGAUGCUGAGCUUCUGGGGAAAGGAAGAAAACAAGCGAGCAGUGCUGGAUGCACUGAAAAGACAUGGCAUGUCAUUGGCACUUGCAUCUUCAGUUUUCGAAGUUGGUUUUGUGGGAUCUGGAAGAGCGUCACAGUCACAGCCACAGUCCCAGAGGCCUGGGACAAGUUUUAGAGCACCUACAAUUGCAGCUGUUCAAAUGACAACUGAGCAGCUCAAGAGUGAAUUUGACAAGCUGUUUGAAGAUCUAAAAGAAGAUGAUAAAACUCAAGAAAUGGAACCUGCAGAUGCCGUUGUAACUCCACUUCUGCCACAUCAGAAGCAAGCUUUGGCUUGGAUGGUGUCUCGAGAGAACAGCAAAGAUCUGCCUCCAUUUUGGGAACAACGAAAUAACUUGUAUUACAACUUAAUAACAAAUUUUGCCGAAAACGAUAGACCAGAAAAUGUCCUUGGAGGAAUUUUGGCAGAUGACAUGGGAAUGGGGAAAACUCUUUCCACUAUUGCACUAAUACUUACCAAUUUUCAUAAUGGUAAGCCCCUUCCUGUUGAAAGAUCUGUAGAGUAUGAAAUGUGCAAGGAAGACUGUCAUAUUGCAGUGGCAAAACAGGAAGCAGAUGGACCCAAAAGAAAAAUGAAAAAACUUCAGAAAGGUAAAAAUGCAGAUAUUGAACUGAUACCCGAACUGAAAAUGGGAAAUGAAUUCAGCUCUGAAAUGUCCUCACGCCCAAAAAGGAAGGAAGUGAAAAAGGUUACUUACAAGUACAGCAGCGACUCUGAGGAUGGUGAGAAUUCUGUUUCUUCCAAAAAGUCAAGUUCAUCUGGUGCUGUCAGAGAGGAUGAUUCGUUUGCAGCUGCUCUAGAAGCUUCAUCUGUGCCAUCAAAAAAGAAAAUGAAAAAGAAAGGACCAUCUGGUGUCCAGAAAGUACUAAUGGAUGGUUCUGAGAAUAAGAGUAGAGCCACGUUGAUUGUAUGCCCACUUUCUGUGCUUAGUAACUGGUUGGAUCAGUUGGAACAGCAUGUAAGCCAAGAUGUGAAGUUGCAGCUUUAUUUGUACUAUGGUUUGGAUCGCAUUACGGAUCCGACAUUUCUUGCAGAGCAAGAUAUAGUGCUUACAACUUAUACUGUGCUUGGUACAGACUUUAGACACAGAGCCGACAGUCCAUUACAUAAGGUGAAGUGGCUUCGUGUAAUACUAGAUGAGGGACACACGAUACGAAACUCUAAUUGUCUACAGACCAAAGCUGCUAUAAACUUAAUGGCCCAGAGAAGAUGGGUACUGACAGGUACACCAAUACAGAACUCCUUGAAGGAUCUAUGGUCUCUUCUGUCUUUCUUCAAGUUAAAACCCUUCACCGAGAGGGAGUGGUGGUACAGAACAAUUGAGCGUCCUGUAACUAUAGGAGAUCAUGGAGGACUAAAACGACUGCAGGCGUUAAUUAAGAACAUAACCCUAAGAAGAACCAAGACAAGCAAAGUAAAAGGAAAACCCGUUUUGGUGUUACCAGAGCGAAAAGUAUUUGUUCAGUAUGUUGAACUAUCAUCGGAAGAGCGAAGAAUUUAUGAUGCUGUUAAAAAUGAUGGCAGGAAUGUUAUUGGCAGGUAUGUCAAUGAAGGAAGUGUUCUGACUCACUACGCAGACGUACUUGCUGUUUUGGUUAGAUUACGCCAACUCUGCUGUCACUCACGACUGUUCCGGAGUUCUGACUCAUCAACAGGUUUGGCAGCCACAGGUAGUACUACCCCAGAGGAGCUUCGAGAAAAACUAAUAAGCAAGAUCAAGUUAGUUCUGAGCUUGGGAUCAGAUGAAGAGUGUGCUAUCUGUCUGGAUUCGCUAACCAUGCCAGUCAUAACUCACUGCGUGCAUGUUUUCUGUAAACCCUGCAUCUGUCAAGUUAUCCACAGUGAGAAAUCAAAUGCUAAAUGUCCACUGUGCAGAAGUUUAAUUCGUACAGAAGAGCUGCUGGAAUGCCCUUCAGAGGAGACAGAAUCAUCAGCUGAGGAAAAAGUGGAUAAAGACUGGGUGUCCAGUUCAAAAGUAGAUGCCCUUAUGCAUUCUCUGAUUCAGCUAAGGAAGAAAGACAGAACUGUGAAGAGUUUAAUCGUGUCUCAGUUUACAACAUUCUUAGCACUUCUCGAACGUCCAUUAGCAUGGAACCCUGCUGCCGAAGAUCAGUGCUUUGACAGAUGUCACCGGCUUGGACAGAAAAGGGAAGUCAUCAUCACUAAGUUCAUUGUGAAAAAUUCUGUUGAAGAAAAUAUGGUGAAAAUUCAAAACAAGAAGAGAGAGCUGGCAGCUGGAGCUUUUGGAGCCAACAAACAGAAUGCCAGUGAAAUGAAGCAAGCUCGGAUCGAUGAAAUAAGGACACUUAUUGACUUGUGAAGAACGUCAAUGCAGAUAAUGCAUUUUUUGCUGAAGUACUGUUAUUUUGUCAGACUAAAAUUUGGUGGUAAUGCUACUAAGCAAUAUUUGCUUUCAGAAGAUGGUAUAUUUUUCGAGUUUGUAUAGAAAUAUGGUCAGUACAGGACUUUUAUUAUGUACAUUUAGUUUUAUUGUUUCCAAAACAUUACUUGACCAAAAUCUCCCAUCAGUGUUUUUAUUAAAACAUUAGUUAUCUAUAA